AUGAAGUUUGGAAACAUUCUGCUAGGGCUUGCAGCUUUCGCAGCUGGCGUCCAAGCACAAAACCCACUGGCGACUCUGGCAGAAAGUAUGCCUAAGUGUGCGUUGGCUUGUUUUAUCGAGGUCAUCCCCACAUCAUCCUGCGCGACAGAUCUCACUUCGGCGUGCUUAUGCACAAAUAAGGCUCUCAAUGCUGCUGUUGGUCUAUGUGCCGCGAAAACAUGUACCAAAUACGAACUUCUGCAAACAAAGAAUGUCAGCAGCAAAGGCUGUGGCGUCCCUGAACGCUACAACGGCAAGAGAUUCAUCGUCGGUGGCCUUGUCGGAUGUGGAAUCGCUAUAGUAUCCUACAUUCUCAGAAUGGCGGCCAGUAUCGGUAAAGGUGGUCGUCAGGUGUCAUGGGACGAUGCCACCAUGGCCGUUGUGCUUGCGCUCGCAAUUCCUCCUACCGUGUUUAUCAAAAACUUGGUAGAUAACGGUCUUGGUCGAGAUAUCUGGACGUUGAAGGAUUACCAAAUCACCAAUGUCCUCAGAUACUACUUCUACGGAGAGAUUUUUUACGUGACAGCUCUUGGUAUUUCCAAGAUCUCCAUUCUCUUCUUCUACCUGCGCGUCUUUCCAGAUAAAAAGUUCAAGAUGAUCGUCUACAGUGUCAUGGGUCUGUCGGCUGCAUAUACCGUUGCUUUCUUCUUCGCUACUCUCUUCCAAUGUACGCCUAUCAGCAUGGCCUGGACACAGUGGGAUGGACUACACAAAGGUACAUGCAACGACAUCCAUCUUCAGGGUUGGAUUGCAGCUGCCAUCAACAUCCUGUUGGAUGCAAUCGUCAUGGCUCUCCCAAUGAAGCAUUUGGCUGGACUGAACAUGGGCCUUAAGAAAAAGCUCAUGGUCAUGAGCAUGUUUGGCGUUGGUAUCUUCGUCAUUGUGGUCUCCGCUGUCCGCUUGUACUCGCUUAUCCAUUUCGCCAACACACAAAACAUUACCUGGAACUACGUCGACGCUGGACUCUGGAGUUUGAUUGAGAUUGAUGUGUCUAUUGUCUGUGGAUGCAUGCCUGCCCAUCGAUUCCUGAUUGGCAAGCUAUGGCCAAAGAUGAAGACAACCGUCAAGGCAAGCAAGAACUCGACAGACAAGAGCGGCGGUUCCCACGCAACUUCUUCCACUACCCCCAGCAAAUUGGGCAGGGUCUCAAUAAAGGGGAUUACGAAAGAUGACAAUUUUAUUCCGCUGUCUGAUAUUGACAGCAGCGAUCGCGCACAUCUCACCAAGGAAGCCCAACCACAUUCCCGCAAAGAGUCCAACACUUGGAUCACACAAACGCACGAGGUCGAUGUUGAUCAUAACAGUACCUCGCAUCCUAAUGACCGCCCACAGGAUUGGAACUGGCCAAUGACCGGAAAGGAGCAUGUUUGA